UCGUGGACGAGGAAGGUCACCACCGGAAGAAGGUCACAAGCACGACAUUCAAGAUGGCGACCCCCUUGUGUCAGUGUUAUCAGAUAUGUGUAAGAAGGGGUUUGGUGGCAUUCCCUUCCUCUUACCUGCUGCUUUCCAACAGACCCAAUGUCUACAGGAUACGUGGGCUCCUCACACACACUCCACAGGUGCCUCAGUCAGCCCUUCUUCAAGUAAGGUAUUUGUCAGGAGAGCGGGGUGGUGGACGAAGAGGUUUCCUGGGAGAGUUUUUGGAUAACCUCAAACAGGAGCUGAACAAGAACAAGGAAAUGAAAGAAAACAUCAAAAAGUUUCGGGAAGAGGCCAAAAAACUCGAGGAGUCAGAGGCACUGAAGCAAGCUCGGAGGAAGUAUAAAAAUAUAGAGUCUGAAACAGUGAAGACGUCCGAGGUUCUUAGGAAGAAGUUGGGAAACAUUUCAGAGACAGUCAAAGAGGGACUGGAAGAGGUCAGCCGGACUGAAUUUGGGAAGAAAAUCAAAGAAGGAAUGGAAGAAGCUGCCAAAACAGCAAAGACAUCUGCUGAGACUGUCUCCAAGAGUGGAGAGAUGCUGGGCAAGACGGGCGCAUUUAAAGCAAUAUCUCAGGGAAUGGAGAGUGUGAAGAAAGAGAUCGGUGACUUGGGUCACACUGGCCCUUAUCGGCCUCCCACCAGACUCAGAAAGAGGACUGAAUUCUCCUCCAAGGGGGCAGCGGAUGAAAGCAGGGUCUUUGAGGCCAAUGAGGAAGCUAUGGGUGUGGUGCUCCACAAAGACUCAAAAUGGUACCAGCAGUGGAAGGACUUCAAAGACAACAACGUGGUCUUUAACAGGUUCUUUGAGAUGAAGAUGAAGUAUGAUGAGAGUGACAACGCGUUUAUCAGAGCGUCCCGGGCCGUCACUGACAAGAUGACUGACAUCAUAGGUGGGCUGUUUUCAAAGACUGAGAUGUCUGAAGUACUGACAGAGAUUUUGAAGGUGGACCCGUCCUUUGACAAAGACUCCUUUCUCAAGCAGUGUGAGCGGGACAUCAUCCCCAACAUACUGGAGGCGAUGAUUCAAGGGGAGCUGGAGGUUCUCAAGGACUGGUGCUAUGAAGCGACAUACAGCCAGCUGGCACAUCCAAUCCAGCAAGCCAAGGCCAUGGGGCUUCAGUUCCACUCCAAGAUUCUGGACAUUGACAAUAUUGAUCUGGCCUUGGGUAAGAUGAUGGACCAGGGUCCGGUGCUGAUUAUCACUUUCCAGGCUCAGUUAGUCAUGGUGAUCCGAAACACCAAAGGAGAAGUGGUGGAAGGAGAUCCUGAAAAAGUCCUCAGGAUGAUGUACGUUUGGGCUCUCUGUCGAGACCAGGAAGAGCUCAACCCAUACGCUGCCUGGAGACUAUUGGAUAUCUCCGCCUCGAGCACGGAGCAGAUCCUCUAAGACUCUUUCAUGUGCACUAAACUCUCACAGUUGGGGAGACCAUACUUCCCCACAUAGGCUCUGAGGCUGGGAGGAUGGGACACACACAGGUGGACAUGUGGGGGCUGGACUUUGCUACGAAAACACUGUGGAGUAGUGUUGCUGAAUGCUAGAGCUGCUUCUCCAUCUAUUGGCUUUGCUCAGUCAGUUAUUCCUGACCGUUCCUCAGGCUCACACUUGGGGGCAGUAGACUACCAACAACAUUCAUCCAAAGUCCUUUUUGCAGCCUGUAGGCUGUGCUUCUCUGUUUGAUGUAGCCCUGCCAUGGUUGGCUUUUAAAAGAUAAAUGAUGCUGUUUAACUCGGGUUCAACUUAUCAAUAUGGGAAACAAUUAUGUGGGAAUGAGCCCAAUACAUUUGUAACUAAAACUUAAUGUCCUCAAACUGACUCCUUCAUAUCCUGUCCCUGAGAUGUCACCGUAUACCUUUAUUCCACCGCCGAUCUCCAUCAAAAAGAGACACACACACCAUAAACUUACUGGGCCCAGAGUUGGAACCAUUGAUCCCAGUGACUGUGGGAGGUGCUACAACUGCCGUGAUUUUAUUUCCAGAAAUUAACUUUGUUACACGACACUAUGGAAUAUAUGGCUGUCAAGCAUGUGGGAUGGUUGUUUCAGCACUAAGGCAAACGCCGGUCCCUCAUUGGUGGAAGAGGUAACAGUGGCUGGUUUCGCCAGUGCCAAUCAGUGCGCUCCCAUCCUUACUGAGGAUUGUCAUCCUUGUAUGUAUGAUAAUAAUUCAGUGUGAUUAUUGAGCUGUAAGAGUCUAUAUUUAUUAUGAGAAAUAAAAUGAACAGUCACUUUUGGAAACAA